AUCUCUCACACACACACUCACGUCUGCUUCUUCAGGUAGCUUGCUAACCUGCUAACUGCUUAUUAAUAAACGGAUGCUGCAGAUUUGGUAAACGUCUGCUGGAGUCAUGAACUUUUGGAAGGUCCACAUCUUGCUGGCAUGGAUUCUCAGUGUAUUUGCUGGUCCAAUAUUCUGCUCAGAGGACGAGACACGUCUGGUCAAAGACCUGUUCACUGGCUACAACAAGGUGGUUCGUCCCGUCAACCACUUCAGUGAGGCUGUCAAGGUCACUGUGGGACUGCAGCUAAUACAGCUGAUCAGUGUGGAUGAAGUGAACCAGAUUGUGACCAGUAACGUCCGUCUCAAACAGAAAUGGUUGGACGUGAACCUGAAAUGGAAUCCAGAUGAUUACGGAGGCAUCAGGAAGAUCAGAGUCCCUUCAACCGACAUUUGGAAACCUGACCUGGUUCUAUACAACAACGCUGACGGUGACUUCGCCAUCAUCCAUGAAACUAAAGUCCUGCUGGAGAACGACGGGAUGAUAACGUGGAACCCUCCGGCCAUCUUUAAGAGUUACUGUGAGAUUAUCGUCCUGCAUUUCCCGUUCGACCUGCAAAACUGCAGCAUGAAACUGGGAACCUGGACGUAUGAUGGACUGCUGGUCGCCAUCCACCCAGACAGUGAUCGGCCUGACCUCAGUAACUUCAUGGAGUCGGGUGAAUGGGUGUUAAAGGACUACAGGAGCUGGAAACACUGGGUUUACUACACCUGCUGCCCCGACACUCCAUACCUCGACAUCACCUACCAUUUCCUGAUGCUGCGGCUGCCUCUUUACUUCAUCGUCAACGUCAUCAUUCCCUGCAUGCUGUUCUCUUUUCUCACCGGGUUGGUCUUCUACCUGCCUACUGACUCUGGUGAGAAGAUGACCCUCUCCAUCUCCGUCCUGCUGUCUCUGACUGUCUUCCUGCUGGUUAUCGUGGAGCUGAUCCCCUCCACCUCCAGCGCUGUCCCCCUCAUAGGGAAAUACAUGCUGUUCACGAUGGUGUUUGUCAUCGCCUCCAUCAUCAUCACCGUCAUCGUCAUCAACACACAUCACCGCUCGCCCAGCACGCACACCAUGCCCCCGUGGAUCCGCAAGGUCUUCAUCGAAACCAUUCCCAACAUGAUGUUCUUCUCAACGAUGAAGCGUCCCAGUCAGGAGAUCCGACAAAAGAGGUUGUUCCCGACUGACAUGGACAUCUCUGACAUCUCAGGUAAGACUACAGCUGAACAGUUUGACAGUUUCCCUCUGUGCAUCCCCAACAACUACAACCUCUCCUCUGCAGGUAACCCCACCCCCACCAGCGUCACCUACCAGUCUCCCAUCACCAAAAACCCUGAUGUCCGCAGUGCAAUCGAAGGGGUGAAGUACAUCGCUGAGACCAUGAAAUCAGACGAGGAAUCGAACAAUGCGGCGGAGGAGUGGAAGUUCGUUGCCAUGGUUUUGGACCACAUCCUGCUCUGCGUGUUCAUGGCCGUGUGCAUCAUCGGGACGGUCGCCGUCUUUGCCGGGAGACUCAUCGAGCUCAACAUGCUGUAGAGGCCCCCGCGACACAGGAGCAUAUCGGGAUAGACGUGACACUUUAGAGAUGCAUCGGGAAAAAGAGUUGAUGAUCGUUGGACUGGUUCACGAUGCGUUCGCUGUCUUUCUCCCACAAACAGACACAGUUUUGAAGUUUGUGUUUUUUUUAAGGAGACUGCAGUUAAAAGGCAAAUCCAGGCAUCUUAAAGGCAUGAGUCUCAUGAUCUAGAGGGGUCAUACUUGAAGAUUUUUAUUGUUUUAGUUGUUUUUCUACAUGCUGCAAUUCACUCUGGUGAAUUACUCUUAUGUGAACAACAUGAGAGUAAUAAUUUUUUGUCUUUUUUUGGCAGCUUGAUUUGAGGUUUGAGAAUGUCUGUAGAAACCUGACAGGUUACAGGAAGGACGACAGACUUACUACAAACUGGUUGACGACACAGUGACGGUCUUUGAGUGCAGACAAGAUAUUUUCCUGCCUGGAAGUUUUAUUGUUUGUUUUGUCUGACGCUCAUUCGACUUGUGAACUUCUCAUUUGUAUAUUUAUGGGUCAAGAUCGUGAACUGUGCAAAUAUUCAUGAGUCAGUGGUAAAGUUUGCUUUGUUACAUCGAAAUUCCUCUUAAAACAACGCUGCAUAUAA